AGUUAUGGAAGGACUUCUGGGUUUAUGGAUGAAACGGGCGGGAUAGCGUUGGAUUGAUCAACGAUUGACUUUGUGCCUCCUGUCCCUGUAAAAAAAAUUGUCAGUGUGUACACAACACAGGAAAGAACAUCCCGCUUCUUCCUAAUUCUCUGUCAGAAAAUGUCUACUCCUCUAUACAUCUCACUAUCACCGGUUGGGACCGCCGGAGAUUUAAAACUUCCCGGUGACCAGGCCGAGGGAUAUAGUAAUACGGAGUAUUUCUCUUCUUUAUUUAUUUGAAAUAUACAGUUUUCAACAAUUAAUGCAUUUCACCUUCUUCAUUUAGUGCACCCUGGGCUGGUGAAUCCUCACCUGAUCUCUCUUUGUCUGUCUCUCUCCAUACUCAUAUAAAUGUGUCCUUACGGGAUAGAUAACUGAAUAUUUAUUGCUGGGUAUGUACUAUAUGGUGAAACUGUUCAUGGAGAUGGAGAAAGCUGAUUCCUUUUUCAUCGCUUAGGGAUACCCACCACAUACCUUUCUUGUCACUAUUUCUUCUUCAAUCUACAGAACAUAUUUCUUCUCUAUAUUCAAUCUCUCCACUUGAAGAUCAAAGGUACUCUCCAGCUUCCAUUCUCUGUGUAUGGUCUGAAGGGGUGGGGGUGGGGGCCUUCUGUUUCCUCUGGAAUGCCUUUGACAGAGCGGAAGAGGAGACAAGCAUGAAAGAAAAUCAAUGUGAAAUUUUAUGCAUAAAUGGUGACAAGGAGACAGAUCUAUUUAGGGGCAUGUUUGGAUCAAAUGUUAUCACUAAUAAAGAUAAAGACGGAUUCCAAAAGGUUCAACAACUUGAUCGUGAAGCGCUACUUCUUGAUUGCUCUUUCAAGAGUAUCGAAAAUAAGUUUCAUGUUUUUCCCACAAAGGAUGAUAAAAAGAGUCAGUUUCAUUGCAUUGCGCCUAAGACAGAUGAAGAUGCACUUGAUAAAAAUGUGUCUCCUUCAGAUGCUACUGACAAAAGUGUUAUUGAACAGAAGCUGCCUGAAUCAAUUGUUUGUUGCAAAGAUGAAAAGAGUAACCCCAUCAGAGAUAUUUGUGUUGAUGAGGGGGCACACACUGUGGAUAUAGUUGAUGACGUGUCAGGAAAAGAGCCUUUUGGUGAUAAGCUUCUCCUAUUGGAACCAUCAUCAACACAGAAUUCACAAAGCUCUCUUGUCAGCUUAAACUGUAAUGGCAGUACAUGUGGAGUGUUGCUUGAUAAGAAGCCUCCGGAAGACAGAAUCUUGCUGGACCAUAAUGCAACAUCAAAAACUGAUGAAUCUAACGAGAAAGAUGUGCCCGAAUUCCCCGAAACAUGCUUAGUCUACAGCAACAUGGUGGAAAGCAAGUCUACAAUUGACAAGAACACUACUAGUGUUGCUGACAGAAAUGGAAAUGAAAAUGGUUGUAGACAACCCCAAGAGUUGCAAGAUGAUGUUGUUCCUAACAGUGAGGUUAAAGCCAAAGUAAACCAUUCAAUUAGUGGCCAACAGGAUAAAUUUGCUGAUGGAGGAGAGGCUAGUUUUUCUGGACUGAGUUCUUUGAUCACUUCUUCUUACGCGGGCUUGAUACCAUACUCUGGCAGCAUUUCUCUCCGGUCGGAUAGCAGUACAACGAGCGCCAGAUCCUUUGCCUUCCCAGUAAUUCAAUCAGAGUGGAAUAGCAGCCCUGAGAAAAUGAAAAGAUCAUAUAAGAGAUCCUGGAAGCACAUGAGUUGCUGGCGGUGUCUUCUUUGCUGUAGAUUCUGAAUGAAGUCCAUUUCAUUUGUUUAUAUAGGCCUUGUCAAGUUAAAUUGUACUCCGUAUUGCUUUACCUUAUGAUGAUGGUUACUUUUUUAGAGAUGUGUUGCCUCUCCUGCAGUGGCGGAGCCAGAAAUCUAUGGUUGAAGGGGCCGGUCUUUAAAAAUUUUACAUUGCAGGGGCGAAAGUUUAAAAUAUCAACAUAUUUUCUAUAGAUUAAAAGUAUUUAUACAUAAUAUAUACUUAAGAAUUUUUUUCUUGCAGGGGCCGUGGCCCCCUCCAGCCCCUCCCUGUCUCCACCCCUGCUCUCCUGUAGUUGUAUGUAUGCUUAGUGUACUGUUGGUGUUAGGGUAUGAAUAUAAGGUUUGAGAGGAUGUUUGUUAUUUAUUUUCUUUUUUAGUUUUUCUAGAAUUAGCUCAGAAUCUUUUUCUGUUGAGAGAGUGAUUAUUAUUUUAUAUUUCCUCAUUGUUUCGCAUGAAGCUUUGGAGAUUUAUGUCAAAUUUUUUUUGCGC